CACACGUGUGGACUUCAAUUUCGGAAUGUCAAAUAGUGUUGCUUUUUUCGCUGUCUGCAUAUUUUUUCCAGCGAUUAAUUAGAAAAAGUCUGUAAACAAAAAAUAAAUAAUUUUUCCUUAAUUUGGCAAGCAAGUGUAAAAUUCACUGUUGUUUCUAUAUUAAUUAUGAUAUACGGAGAUCGAAAGGCCAAAUUUUCGAAUAAAAAACAUGCUCCGACGCGAGCAACGCCUUCGGUGAAUAGCAGCGGAGGAGCAGCGCCCAAGCCCCACUGUUAACCCAACCCAAAAGAAAAAAAUGGAAGCUUCGUCGGGUUGUAAAGUGUCAUAGAUUGAACUAAAAUAAAUUAUAAACAAUAAAAGUGUAAGAAAGACACUCAUUACUUAAGUAGAAAGUGGUACAGCGGCCGGUAAAUAAAGAAUUUAGGCACUUAUCGAAUUUACGAAACACACAAACACACAACAAAAUGGACGCAGAUAAGAAUAGUCAUGAAACAAAAGUCAUCUAUCACAUUGAUGACGAGACUACCCCAUAUUUGGUGAAAAUUCCCAUACCCUCGGCGCAAGUGACACUGAAAGACUUCAAAAUGGUGCUCAACAAACAAAAUAACAACUACAAAUAUUUCUUCAAAUCUAUGGAUGCAGAUUUUGGUGUCGUAAAAGAAGAGAUUGCCGAUGAUUCUACGAUACUUCCCUGUUUCAAUGGACGAGUAGUUUCUUGGCUGGUUUCGGCCGACGGUACAAAUCAAUCUGAUAACUGUUCGGAAUUGCCGGCCAGUGAGUGCGAGGUGCGUCCAACUAUGCGUGGUGCUCAACAGCAGAAGAUGGGAGGCGGCGGAGUUGGUGGUAUGAUGGGAGUAGGCAUGUCGGCUAUGGGUAUUGGUGGUGGUGGGGGCGCGGGAGUGGGCGUGGGUAUGGCGAAUACGGGUGUCAUAACAAAUCCGAUGAUGCAGCAUCCUCUUACAUAUCAGUCUGCUUCUGUGCUGUCUAGUGACUUGGAUUCGACUAGUUUGUUUGGCACCGAAUCUGAAAUCACCCUUGAUCGCGACAUGACCGACUACAGCAGCGUGCAAAGAUUACAGGUGCGUAAGAAACCCCAACGCCGUAAAAAACGAGCUCCUAGCAUGUCACGUACAUCCAGUUAUUCAUCGAUAACUGAUUCAACAAUGUCAUUGAAUAUCAUAACUGUGUCCAUUAACAUGGAGGCAGUUAAUUUUCUGGGCAUUUCGAUUGUGGGCCAGUCGAAUCGCGGCGGUGAUGGUGGUAUCUAUGUAGGGAGCAUAAUGAAAGGCGGAGCUGUGGCGUUAGAUGGGCGCAUAGAACCAGGCGAUAUGAUACUUCAAGUCAAUGAAGUUAACUUCGAGAACAUGACCAAUGAUGAGGCUGUGCGCGUGCUGCGUGAGGUUGUGCAGAAGCCUGGACCAAUAAAAUUAGUAGUUGCUAAGUGCUGGGAUCCAAAUCCAAAAGGAUACUUCACUAUACCACGAACAGAGCCGGUACGACCCAUCGAUCCCGGCGCAUGGGUGGCACACACUCAAGCAUUGACUGCACAUGAUAGUAUUAUACCCGAUAUACCAGAACCGAUCAAGGAGCGACUAGAUCAAAACAAUUUGGAAGAAAUUGUAAAGGCCAUGACAAAGCCCGAUAGUGGUUUAGAAAUAAGAGAUCGAAUGUGGUUAAAAAUAACCAUACCUAAUGCAUUUAUUGGCGCUGACGCUGUAAAUUGGGUGCUAGAGAAUGUGGAGGAUGUGCAAGACCGACGCGAGGCACGUCGCAUUGUCUCUGCAAUGUUGCGCAACAAUUAUAUUAAACAUACUGUUAACAAGUUGACAUUUUCUGAGCAGUGCUAUUAUGUGGUCAAUGACGAUCGUAAUACCAAUUGUCGUUCCAACAUUAGUCGCGCUGAUACGGAAAGCAUUACCAGCGACAUUGGUCCACUGCCGAACCCCCCUAUCUACAUGCCAUACUCAGCCACCUAUAAUCCCAGUCACGGUUAUCAGCCCAUACAAUAUGGAUUAACAGAGCGACACAUCUCGUCUGGUUCGAGUAGCUCAGAUGUGUUGACGAGCAAGGAUAUAUCAGCAUCGCAGAGCGACAUCACAUCGGUUAUACAUCAGACCAAUCAGAUGACCAUACAACAUGGCUCAAACAAAUCUUCCGGUUCGUCGAAUCGUGGCACCAACGAACAGGAUGCGUCGGUUUUUAAUUACGUACUGUAGAAAUUGCAAUGAAAUUGUGUUUAUUCUUUUUAUAUACAAGUACAUACACACAUAAUUAUACAUAAAUACAUUACAUGCAUACAUACAUAAUUUUGGAUAAAAUUUGGAGAAUUUAGUAACCACAAUGAUAAUAAAAAUAAUUAAAUACAAUAUAACGAUAAUCA